UCACACACGCUUCGAGCGAAAGGCUGAUGAACAGCCUUAAAGUGAAAACAUUCUAUAACGAAAAUAUUCUACGGUUGUAUAUUGGAGUGGGAGUAGUAGUGUGUCAAUUCUAGAUGCCGUGAUGGAUGAAGUUACGACAAAUGAUCCAGGAGGAGGCGACAAUGGUGGAACAUUAAUAUGCGCUGGUUGUCUUAAUGCAAUCGAUGAGGAUGAGUUUAUACAGGCAUUGAGUCAAGAAUGGCACAUCGAUUGUUUUCGAUGUUCUGUAUGCGACAUUGGCCUUUCCUCUUGGUAUUUUGAGAAAGAUGGUUUACUUUUUUGUAAAGAUGAUUAUCUGGCUGCUUAUGGAGAAGCCUGUCAAGGUUGUGGCCAAAUCAUUACUGGACCAGUUAUGUUGGCUGGUGAUCACAAAUUUCAUCCAGAAUGUUUUGCCUGUAAUUCGUGCGGAGCUUUCAUUGGGGAUGGCGAAAGUUAUGCGCUUGUUGAAAGAUCUAAACUUUAUUGUGGAGUUUGCUACAAAAGGCAAAUGCAACCGCUUAGCAGAACAGCUAAUCAUCCAUUUGUUAGGAAACCGCAUAGCAUUAGAUUGGUUGAAAUACCUCCAAGUACAACCAAUCCUGAUAAGCAACGAGAAAUUAAACUUACAUUAGAUACAGCUCCUAAUCCUCGCAGUUGUGGUGCAUUACUUCGUAUCUCAGCGUUAAUGAGAAAUGUUCGUGGAAAGAUCAGUAAGCUGCUGGCCUCUGUGAUGGAGGUUCUGUUUAGGCUAUGCUGCCACUUCUCUAAUCAUAGAUUAAAUAUGUCCAGUGAUCUCAUGUCUUUACAUAUUGGAGACCGAAUAUUGGAAGUAAAUGGUACACCUGUAAAAGAUCAGCCAGUAGAAAGUAUAGAAAAUCUCAUACAGUAUUCGGACACAGUUUUACAGUUGACCAUUGAACACGAUCCUGAUGCAAUGUCACGUCGUUUAACAUUUCCUACACCACCGCCAGCAUUAUUGACAACUGCAAGUCCAAGAACAAGUCCAGAAAAUAAAGAAAGACUUUUUAAACGUCGUGACGAGGGUUAUAUCAGUGGAACAAGAAGUAGACAAUUGAGAAGGACGAGAGAUCCCAUGCACAAAGAACGUAGUAGUUCAAUGUCGCGUUUAUUAGAUGGAACAACUCCAACAAAUCCUACGUGUGACUUAAGUCGAACCAGAUCAUUCCGCGUAGAGCCAAAAAAUCAAAGAAUAUUUCGUGCCAGCGAUUUGGUUAAAGGUGAACUUCUGGGAAAAGGAUUCUUUGGUCAAGUAUUUAAGGUCACUCAUAGGGACACAAAUGAAGUUAUGGUGCUGAAAGAAUUGUACAGGGUAGACGAAGAUGCUCAGAAGAAUUUUUUAAAAGAAGUCGCCGUACUACGUUCGUUACAUCACAAUAAUGUUCUACGUUUCAUUGGUGUUCUUUACAAAGACAAAAAACUACAUUUAGUUACCGAGUACAUAUCAGGUGGUACAUUGAGAGCUCUACUUCACGAUACCAACGAACCAUUACCAUGGGAACAACGAACAUCUUUUGCAAAAGAUAUUGCCGCUGGUAUGGCAUAUUUACAUUCCAUGAAUAUAAUACAUCGUGAUUUAAAUUCCCACAAUUGUUUGGUAAGAGAAGACAAGACCGUAGUUGUGGCAGAUUUUGGCUUAGCCAGGAUCAUACAAAACGGUAAUUCCCCGGAUAAUCGUAAAUACAAUAGACAUUCCGACGGGGAAGCAAAGACGUCGAAGAAAGAACGUAAAAAGAGAUAUACCGUUGUUGGAAAUCCAUAUUGGAUGGCACCUGAAAUGAUGAAGGGUAAUAAGUACGACGAAAAAGUAGAUAUAUUCAGUUUUGGAAUAGUAGUUUGCGAGAUAAUAGGACGGGUACAAGCUGAUCCUGAUUAUCUACCAAGAUCUUCGGACUUUGGAUUAAAUCAAAAUGCAUUUAAAGAAAAAUUUUGUGCCAAUUGUCCGGAAACGUUUUAUAUGAUCGCCUUUCUCUGUUGCGAUUUAAAUCCAGACAAAAGACCACCCUUCGAGCUUAUGGAAAUUUGGUUGGAAGGAUUAGCAAUGCAUUUGUCCGUGGGAGCACAUUUACCACCUGAUUUAGAUUUUGACAUCAGACAUUACACUGGACCUAGUCCUAGCAGUAGCGAAUCAACGACUCCAGAAACUUUAGUUCCGCAAUUGAAGCCUAUUAAAGAAGGUCAAGUCCAUCAGGAAAAGAAACGAUCGAGUGGUUGUGACGAUAGUACAUUGGAAAGAGAAUUCGAAUGCGUGGAGAAAGAAUUACCACGUAGUUCCGAAUUGAUAAAUAUUCGAGGAAGAUAUACCAGGCAAAAUAGUAAACCAAAUGAAAGCUCAACGUGUUCGAAUCGAUAUUCAAGACAAAAUUCGAAAUGUAAGGAAACGAUAGAAAGAGAGAAGCCUGAUAUCGUAAUAUCACACGAUUGCACCGAUUAUAAUCGAUAUUUACGUCAGAAUAGUAAACAAAAGGACGUGGUAAAACUCGAUGAGACCGAAUAUCUAAAUCUAAAUCGAGUACCAACUCUUGAGAAAAUAAGAUACGUAGGAAAUUCAAAUCCCUGUAGUUUCUCCGAUGGUCCAUCUGAAUGCUGUAAGGUCGACAACAAAUGUUCGUACAAAUUGAACAACAACAACAACAACAAUAACAACAACAAUAAUAAUAACGUGCAUACCAAAAGUAUGAGUGGUGGUGAGUCCAGCGAAUCGAAUUUAGGUACACCAUCGAAUAAUAAAACGAAACAGGAUGGAAAAUUCAAGAUACCAGAUGCAGGGAAUAUCGUUGGCUCGUACCUAAGACAAAUAGGAAAGACAAUAGGUACGAUCGACAAGGGAAAUAAAUCUUCUAACAGUCAAAACGGUGUUAGUCCUAGUUUAACCGAUUUCAAGAAGACAACAACGCCAGGAGAGACGAUCAAGUCAUCAGGUAGUUCUUAUUUGAGAAGGACAAGGAUAUCACCGACUAAGGAGACAACGAAGAAUGCGUUUCAAGGGAAGGAUAAUGUUUCGACUGAUGUUGUCGUCAAGCAAAUUGAAUCAACGACAUCAGUGUCAAGUGCCAAAGAAUUGGUUCCAAGUAAUAAUACGGAUAAUGGAUUAUCUAGACAAGCUAGUGUACUUUCUGAUGUCGGUAGUAUAUUAUCUAGACAAGGAAGUCUCACGGUAUAUGGUAGUUUAUCUAAAAUCAAAGAGAACAAUCUACCAUUCCUACGUAAUACGUCGACGAGCGAUGAAAAACAUAUGGAGCCUAAAAUUAAUACAGAUAGAUGUACGACAACCUAUCAGAACCGUGAACUAUGUGAUCUUUCAUUCGAUCCUACUAGAACGGAUGAAAGGCAACGUUACAUAAUAUCUCAUCGUCUAGAAAAUACACAAGCAAUGUUGGACGAUCCUAAAACAUCUGUCAUCAAUUCUAAGUGUCUUUAUGAUAGCGGAUUCAAAUUGUCAGCCAAUGCUUUGGCCGAGUAUGCUGAGUGUUAUAAAAAUUUAGAUCUCUGUAGGCAAGAUAGUUUUGGCAGCGAUAGUGCAGUUGGUACCAUGAAGAGCGAUUUUUUUGCUGAUUUAGGUUUCGUCAAAUUGAAGGAUGGUAGAUUGACACCGGACAUCAGUCAUACUCCUGAAAGGUGCUGUACACCUAACAGACCGACAUCUCCUAUAGAAAGUACUGCUUUGUAAAGAAAGAAGAACAAACGAAAAAAAAAAGAAAAAAAAAAAAUAAUAAAAAAAAGAAAAAUAAAAAAAAAAAUAAAUAAAUAAAUAAAUGUAAAAAGGAAAAGAAUGAGGAAGGAGAGAGAACGGCCAUCGAACGCGUUUAAUGUUAUUUUAAGAAAAAUACGAAGAGUGUAUAAUAUUUUAUCGAAGGAUGAUAACUCACAAAUUACUAAUUCUGAUCUCGUUAAUGUUAAAUAAUUUCCGUGUCAUUUUUGCGUUUAUAUUAUCGUUUCUUUUUUUUUUUCUAAUCUCUAAUGAUUAUUUUUUUUGUUUGUUUUUUUUUUUUUUUUUUUUUUUUUGUUCUUUUUUUGUCUUUUCCCCAUCUUCUCUGUUCUCUUUAUAAUCUUCGCAGAAUAUCCGAAAGUAACGUGGCUUUACGUAGAAACGAAUCCUUAAUAUUGUUAAUAACUAUUUGAUAUAUAUACAGACAGUAUUAAUGUAUCUCAUUUUUGCUACAAAUUUUUAUCGAAACGAACGAAAAAAAAGAAAAAAAAAAAGAGAAAAGGGUGUGUGUAUGUUACGUGCACUUGCUACUGUGGUAACGAGGUGUAUUUUUUUCAUCGAUUAAAUUUCAUUGGAAGAAGUAAUAAGAAAUUAAAAAAAAAAAAAAAAAAAAAAAAAAUAGAGAAGGAGAGAGAGAAAAGAAGAGAAGUAAACAGUAAUUAUAAUAGCAAUUGCAUUCCUACGAGUUUUCUUGCCAUUUAUGUUAUUCUUUUUUUCUUUUUCUUUUUUUUUUUCUUUUUCCCCUUCGUCCAACGUGUAAUUCCAAAUACGAGUACAAAUAAUAUUGGGAUGUUUUUUUUUUUUUUCUUUCUUUUUUAAUUAAUAAUUAUGAUAAUCAAUCGCAUUAGUUUAUGGCUAAUUACAACACAGCAUUUAUUGGACGAUUGAUUUCUUUUAUCUUUUUUUUUUUUUUUUUUUUUUUUGUACACCCAUUAAGUUAACGAUAAUUCGACUGAUCGAAAUUUUCUUUUUGAGAAAAUGACGGUGCAAUGUUUAACAAAUUGCACCACCGCAUCCCCAACGAAGAUGCAUCGAGAAGACUAAUAUACAUACAUAUAUAUAUAUAUAUAUAUAUAUAUAUAUAUAUAUAUAUAUAUAUAUAUAUAUAUAUAUAUAUAUAUAUAUUAAAUAUCUAACGUAUAACCAUUCCAUCCAAGAUUGAUCCUUGAAAAAGUGUAAAAAAAUUUUUUUAACAAUCUAAUCGUAUCAAAAACUUGUGGUCUUUGAGAUAAAAGGAAGAAAAAUGCAACAAAAAAAAAAAGAAAGAAAUAAACAAG